CGCACGAGCCUCAUCGCGACUAUCCACGGACGGGAUAUGAGCUGCGUCUCGACAGUCUCAACUGCGAACAAGCUUCUGUGAGAUUGUCUACAAUUGCUUGCAACCAGCAACUUGCUUUCGUUGACCUCUCUGGAGUUGGCCGAGUGGUUCUACAUAUCAUCCGCCUGCCACUAGUGCGCAACGACGUGCUUGACCCGUCCAUGACGAGACGAGACGCGCCGCACACCACGACUCUGCUCUCCCUUCAACCGCAUCUCCUAGUAGCGCUUGCUCGAGCUUCAUGGCCCAUUUACGGCUACACGCACGGCAACAAGUAAGUCUUAGCAAGGCCAUUGCGCAUCCGCCCGCAAUUCACCGGUGAAAGGCUCGCCCGUUAGUGCGGCCGCCUGGUGGCGCACUUCGAGAUGGCCGCACAGGAUGAGGUGCCGGGCGAUAUCAUCAUCAUCGACUCGAGCGACGAGGAAGAAUUCGUCAAGGGCCGCAAGCGGGCACGGGCAGGCGAUGAUCCCCAGAGCCCUACCCGGAGCGAGUCGUCAUCGUCGAGUAGUGCUCCUUCGUCCAAGAGGCAGCGCGUGAGCAGCCCCGUGCGCGGAGACGACAGUUCAGGGUCUGAAGAGGGAGAGAUUGACGAGACUCGAAGCGCGCGGAAGAGUCUUGCUGGAGACAGCUCAGGGGCGCCUUUGACGGCACAAGACCAGCCGCAGCAGCAUCAGUAUCAGUAUCAGCAGCCGCCCGCGGCAUUGGGCAUGCCCCAGGCAGCGCUGAACGCGUUCACUGUGAGCGCCGCAACGGACCGCCAACCGGCAGUUCGAGCCCCUGAAGCCGCUGUUCAGAGCCAGGAGGGCACGGUACAGGCUGCACAGAGCGGUACAGACGCUGGUCAGGUCGCUGCAGUGCCCGAAGACGUAUCCGAAGCAACGGCAUCGGAGCUGCCUUCCGGGGUCUUUAUGCCCGAUGAUGCGCACUUCUGGAUUCUCAAUUCUCUCUCCUUCAAACUCCCCGCCCUGCCCAAGACGCGUGCAGGCUCGUGGCCCUCGCGCCUCAAAGACUGGGCCCACGUCUUUGUCGAGCACAACAUCGAGCAGUCGGCCUCGCUCACGCCGCAACUCAUCGUCGUCGCGUACGCGUACUACCUGGACAAUCACAGCGGCCUCAAGCUGGCCAAGCGAAAGAACGCGAAGCAGGCCGCGAAGCAGGCAGAGGAAUCGGGCGCGCUCGCAAAGCAGCUCGAGAUGGCACGCACCAGACGUCGGAAACGAGCCGCCGACCAGGAAGCCCCCGCCGAGGCCGAUGCGGCCAAGCAGUCCACGUCUGCAACCUCCGAGGCUGCCGGGAGCAAGGCAGAGGCACAAAUGCCUCAGCCGCCGCAACAGGCAAACGGAGUUGUCGCGAGUCCGGCUGUGGCGCCUCUGUCCGCGCCGCCUUUGCCCGUGGGCGCCGACGAGCUCGCACUGCAACGCAGGUACUUUCCGUCUGCUGACGACCCGAGCAACGUGUGCUUGACCUGUGCCUGCGAGGGUCACACAUCGGCUACCUGUCCCAACGCACGCUGCAAGUUUUGUCUGGAUACGGGUCACUGGGAUGGGGCGUGUCCCACAAGAGAACGCUGUGCGCAGUGUCUCCAGGUCGGGCACGGGGAAGAGGACUGCGCUGCCAAGAUCAAGGCCACCGAAGACGAAGGUCUCGCGUGUGCGUACUGCUCUGCGACCGACCACCUCGAGAAUCACUGCUUGAUUAUCUGGCGAACGUUCCGUGGGGGCCCCGAGGUCGCAAAAAGGGUUGCCAGCGUACCCGUCUCAUGUGCUAUUUGCGGCAAGGGAGAUCACUAUCUCUCCGAUUGCCGUUCGCGUCAAUACCCGGUGAACCCGUCUUACUCGAUGGCGAUGCGCGAAAAGUACACGAACGCGGAGACUAGCUCCAUGUCCAUUGAGGGCGUGGCGGCGGCGAGCCGACGCGCCAACGGGACGGAAACACAGGGCCCAGACCUCAGAAUGCGCGGGCACGGCGGCCGGAACAAAAUCAUCCACUACUCAGAGAGCGACGACAGCGAUACGGAAUUUCUUGGUAAUAGGUUGGUCAAGAAACCUACCGGAGUCGGCCAGAUGCGCAUGUCGAGCAACAUCAGGAUGCCCGGUGGCGGGCCUAACGGCGGCUCUAACGGCGGUGGCAGAAACCAACGAGGCCAACCUGGGCACCCAGGAGCGCCUUCGGGACCGCAAUCUUUCAACUCGCAGUCGCGGCAGCCAGGUUCAUCGCUGCCCUCCAGGCCCCCUGCGCCAAGCCGAGGUGGCGCCCCGGCUCGUGGCGUUUCGCAGAGAGGGGGUUACCACAACAUGCCGCCUCCGCCUGGUCUGUCCGGCUCGCGAUCACAGGGUGAGAGCCGAGGUGGUCGCGGAGGACGGGGCGGCCGUGGUGGUGGUGGUGGUGGUGGUGGUGGCGGCGGCGGCGGCAAGGGUCGUGGCAGAGGGCGAGGCCGCGCCAAGUGAUGAGUGCGGUUAUUUGCUUCACUUCGGAGCAACUUGGAAGCGAUGGACAUGGGCCGGGCUAUGAUGGUCCAAGGGCAUCGAAUCAUGAUGGCAUACCGGGAGCAUUUGUGAUACCCUUGUAUUUGAGUGGCAGAGCAGCAAAGGCAAAUCUACGGACGACGCCCAAUGGUGAUAUGCUUGCGAUUUCGCAAUCUUGGUUUGCCAACAGGAGCGGCAGCAAUGGGGCAUGCAUGAGCUUGCAGACGUUCAGUGGCAGCAGAUGAAGAC